AUGACUUCACGACCUAUGAAGCAUAUCGAUCGCGAGGAUCUCUACACGAACCUCGAAGCCCGUGUUCAGUAUCUUCACUCAUUCCUCGACUUCUCAAGCCGCGACAUUGAAGCUCUCAUCACUGGCGCAAAAUACGUCAAGGCCCUCAUCCCCGCCGUCGUAAACAUCGUCUACAAGAAACUCCUCCAAUACGAUAUCACAGCUCGUGCUUUCACCACCAGAAGUACUUCCUUCGAAGGCCCCCUCGAUGAAGUUCCCGACGAGAACAGUCCUCAAAUUCUGCACAGAAAGAUGUUUCUGCGUGCUUAUCUUAUGAAGCUGUGCUCAGAUCCCAGCAAGAUGGAGUUUUGGGAGUAUCUGGACAAGGUUGGAAUGAUGCAUGUUGGUCUUGGCCGCAAGCACCCUCUUCACAUCGAAUACGUCCACCUUGGUGUCUGUCUCGGUUUCAUCCAGGACAUCAUGACCGAAGCUAUCCUUUCACACCCUCGUCUACACAUUCAGCGCAAGACAGCUCUCGUCAAGGCUCUUAACAAGGUCAUCUGGAUCCAGAACGACCUCAUGGCCAAAUGGCAUGUCAAGGAUGGUGCCGAAUUCGAGACAGGCGACUCUGAUAUCGAGAUUGAGCGUGAGGGCUACCUGCAUGGAAAGCGCAUUCUUGGUGAGGGCAGUGGUUCGGGUACUGAAGACGAUGCCUCAGAACAUCCCCAGAACCCCCCGUCAAGGAUUCCACAUCCUAGUGGUAUGCCCGCCGGUGGUGUGUGCCCCUUCUCGGGGAUGGGUGCUCCAGCUGAGGAUGAGGAGAAGUAA